ACUCUACUUCAGUUUCAUCAUUCUCUUUCUCUCUCUCUCUCUCUCUCUUUCUCUCUCUCUCUCUCUCUCUCAACAACAACUUCAACUUUUCAUUUCAUUCUUCUCUCUUUUCCUUGUUCAGGAACAAUCCACCAUCUUUGUGCUAUCACAUUCUUCUCUUAGUUUUAAUCUAUUAUCAUAACAACAAUGGGUGAAACAAAAGAUACCCACGUAGUAGAAAUCCCAGUUGAGCAAGAACAUCAUCUUCAUCCCAAGAAUGUGUUGUGUUCCAUGACAAGCAACAUGAUUGAGGCAAUAGAGGAUCACCCUUUGACAGAAAUCUCAGAAAGUCCCGGUCACCUUUUGCUUCUGAAGCUAUGGCAAAGAGAGGAAGAACUCUUUGCAAAACGCAUUGCUCAUAAGGAGACAAGGAUGGACACCAUCAAAGCUGAACUCUUUCAACUGUCGUCUUUCUUCUUCAUCUUUCAUGGCUUCUUCCUAACCCUCUUGUUCACUUCCUGGGCCAGGGCCCAGAAAGAGGCCCAGCAGGCCCACCACAGUGUUUGCCACAAGUGGUGGCUUCCCUCCAUGUUGUCCCUCUGCACCUCCCUUGUGUUUGUGGUUCUUGUUCAGGUGAAGGUGCAUAGGUAUUGGAAGGUGUGGGGACAGUUGCAGAGGGAGAGGAGUGAUGGUAGGGCUGUGACAAGGUGCAUUCAGGAAUUGAGGAUGAAAGGGGCUAGUUUUGAUCUGUCCAAGGAGCCUAACAGUGGAAAGAGGAUGAAGAGUUCCAGUGUUGAGAUCAAGUGGGGACCACUCACUUGGUGUUCUAAGAACUUGCUCACCAUUUCUCUUGUUUGCUUUACAGGUUUGAUGUUUCCUGCUUCCAAGUUGGUCCUCUGUGGCUUGUGAUCAUGGAUCUGCCUCUCCUUGGAGCUUCAAUUUUUGAGGGACUUCUUGUGUCUUUUGCUGGGGAAUGAAGCAGAUUUGGUCCGAUGGAACCGUUUUGAACAUAGGGGAAGCCUCAUGUUUCAAUGCAAAGUUCAAAUUUUGCAAGAAGAGGGGGCUGGAGCAUGUGAGAUGCAUGCAUAGAUGCACAUACAGGACCACCUAUGGGAGACAGGAGACACAUUUUUUUAGUUGAUUGUUUAUUUUGAGAAGGUUUCACUUGAUGAUGGUUGUGUUGCUGAUUGCUGGAAGUAACACCUCUUGUGUGCUCUUGACAUCUACAGUGUUGGGAACUCUAUCUACAAUGCAGUUACCACUGCUUGCUGCUCCAAUUUUGACUCAUCCUAUUCUUCCAAGCUGCAAUUUCAUUUUUUGGAACAAUCUCUUGCAAAUAAAUCUAGCCAAGUGUGUGUACAAGUGAUUAAAUUCUAUUACAUUUCAUUUCAAUGUAACAUUGUAUUAUUAUUAUUUCACACAAAGUUAUAUAAACAAAUUCUUUUUUUUA